AUAAAGGAGCAAUUUUUAUCUAACCUUACCAUCAAGAAAAGACCGGAUUGCAGAUUAGAUCUGGCUACUGCUUUUUUUCCCCCUUCCAUUUCAUCGUUCUCACCCAGCUAAGCUUUCUCCUACUGCUCGAUUAUCCCUCAGCUUCUCCAGAUUUCUUAGUUCAGGAGCAGGGGAGUUUUGAAGUGUGCUCUGAACUGUAAGUUGGUGGUUACGAAUUCCUAGUAACAAGUUCGGGAUCUCAGUAAGUGGUGCUCAACAGAUUAAACCUUAUGGGCUCAGAGCCUAAUAGAUUUUUGCAGCAGCAGCAAGCGCCAGCACCUCGGCUCAAGAGGUGGGGAGGAUGUCUGGGUGGAUUGUCAUGCUUUCGUAAACAAAAAGGAGGAAAGCGUAUUGUGCCUGCAUCUCGAGUGCCUGAAGGCAAUGCUGGACCAAAUCAACCAAAUGGACUUCAAGCUGGUGGAUUACCAAACCAGACUGUUGGAAUUGCUCCAUCACUUUAUGCUCCACCAUCUUCCCCUGCUUCUUUCUCAAAUUCUGGUCUUCCUUCGACAGCUCAGUCACCCAACAACUGCUUCUUGUCUGCCAAUUCCCCUGGGGGUCCUUCCUCUACUAUGUACGUCACGGGGCCAUAUGCACAUGAGCCACAGCUGGUAUCGCCUCCUGUAUUUUCUACUUACACAACUGAGCCAUCUACAGCUCCUGUAACGCCUCCACCAGAGUUGGCACAUUUAACCACUCCAUCUUCCCCUGAUGUGCCUUAUGCACUUUUCCUUUCAUCAUCUGCCAACAUAAAAAGCUCUGAUAAGGGAAGCUACAUUGCUGCAAAUGAUCUUCAUGCUACAUAUGCCCUGUAUCCUGGAAGUCCUGCAAGCACGCUUAGGUCUCCCAUUUCAAGAACACCCGGUGACCGUCUAUCAUCCUCAUUUAAUGAAAAAGAGCUUCCUCCUCAAUGGAGUCCAUCCAAUCUCCCAUCUGAUUUUGAACAGGAGAAAUCUGAGUCAGGUAGGCUUGUUGGGCUUCAAGCAGAUGGAGCCUCCAAGCCACGCAGGGAUUCCAAUUUCUUCUGCCCGGAGACAUUUGCACAGUUCUACCAAGACCAGUCAUCACUUUCUCAUUCUGCUGGUAGAUUAAGCAUUUCCAAAGAAUCAGAACCUUACUCCAAUAGUGGAAAUGGGCAGACCAGGCCAACCAGAAUUUCUAUUUCUAAACCUGAUGCUGAGGAACUGGAAGCUUACAGGGCAUCUUUUGGGUUUAGUGCAGAUGAACUCAUCACUACAACUCAUUAUGUUGAGAUAUCAGAUGGGCUAGAUGACUCCUUUAGCAUGGCACCACUUGCAUCAAAUAAGCCUGCUGAAGAACAUAUUGUGGAUGCACCAUCGAAAGGAGCAAUGACAGGGAAAAGGCUGGAAGAUUUUCCCAGUCCUCAGCUUAAUCAAGCGGUGUCCACUCACACUGAAGGAAUGUCCUCUGGACGAAAUGAUCAAGUCCAGCAAAAGCAUCUUGGAGAUGUAUCCGGACGAAGCUUACCAAGCAUACACAUUCUGAGUGACGAUGAUGAUGACAUAUUCUCUAACAUGGGCCCUCGCAGAAUAUGCCGCAACUAUAACUUUGGACUAUCAAAUUCUGAUGCUGAAAUUGAGUACAUGAGAGCACAAAAACUAAGGAAAGAUCGAAGCCGGAGAGGAAGCUAAGGGAAAUGAAUGGUGGUGAUCUGCGGACAGGAACCGUCGUUGCUUGUAUUAUUUGCAGCUGUAGUUUGUUGUGUGGGGGUUAAUCUUGACCAAAUAUAACCUGCAAGCCAACUGGCUCACUUUUCCAUUUGUGUAUCCAUCGUUAUAACAGUGUGUGUGUCUGUCGUAUGCUAUAUUUACUUGAAUCUUGCAUCCCGGGUAUAGACUAGAACCUGGUCUAUAGGACAUGGAAUGUUUUUGUAUGUAAAUGCUAGUAUAUGUAUGGAAUUGAAAUGGUAAUGGAUUUCAA